AAAAUGAAACUUUGAAUUUCUGAACUAUCGUUACAAAUUACAACACUGUUCCAAUGGGUCCUCCUCCCGCUGAAGAUCGUUCUGAGAUAGUCUUCUUCGAUGUUGAAACCAGCGUUCCGACCCGACCCGGCCAGGGUUUCGCAAUUCUCGAAUUCGGAGCCAUUUUGGUUUGCCCCAGGAGGCUCACGGAGCUCCGGAAUUAUUCCACUCUGGUCCGACCCGCCGACCUUGCCGUCAUCUCGCCGUUGUCGGAGCGCUGCAACGGUAUCACCGCCGACGCCGUUUCCACCGCUCCUACUUUCGCCGACAUUGCUCAACUCGUUUACGAUCUUCUUCACGGGAGGAUUUGGGCGGGUCAUAAUAUCAUAAGGUUCGACUGUGUUCGGAUUAGAGACGCGUUUGCUGAGAUUAAUCAGCCACCGCCUCAACCUAAGGGGACCAUUGACUCUCUGGUUUUGUUGACUCAAAAGUUUGGAAGAAGAGCCGGUGACAUGAAGAUGGCUACUCUUGCUACUUAUUUUGGGCUUGGACGCCAGACACACAGGAGCUUAGAUGAUGUUCGGAUGAAUCUUGAAGUCCUCAAAUACUGUGCAACAGUUCUUUUCUUGGAGUCAAGUCUCCCAGAUGUAUUCACUGCAAAUAGCUGGGUUUCACCAAAUGCUACUACAAGAAGCCGCAGUAAUGGGAAAUCUCCAUCACAGGGGGGCUUAUUAAAUAUUAAUAAGGAUUCUGUAUUGUCAUCUCCUGCAACUGGAUCCAAAGACAAAAAUCACCCAAUACUUUCUUUUGCAAUGAGUAGCCCAAAAGGGGAAGUCUCAAAUAUUUCAGAUCCUAAUAUAGUUCAACAGGAUCCUUUUAACUUCCAUGCUCUUGAGGAUGAAUUAAAAAGAGAAUCCUCUAAGUCAGAUGUUGCCAUGGAGGAGAAAACCAUGCAAGACUCACCUGAUUUGGCUUCCUCCUCUUCUGCAUCCCAGCCUUGCAGCAGCUCUAUUGCCAUUUUAGAACCUGAUGGAAUAUGUAUCCCUUCUAUUGAUGCAUCUCUUGUUCCAUUUUUCCGUGGCAGUCAUAGGAUAGAAUUACUGCAUGAAGGUUUCCCAUUUGAGCUUCAUUGUACUGAUUUGAAAGUGCGGUUUGGAAUAAACACAAAGUUUUUCGACAAUGCUGGCCGGCCACGAUUGAGUUUUGUGGUUGAUUCAUCACCAAGUCUAUGUAAUGUUCUUGAUGCAUGUGAUCGUGUAGCACAGAAGUUAACAUUGGAUUCUGGAAGCAGCUCUGAUUGGAGGCCUGCUGUUAUUAGGAAAGAAGGCUUCUUCAACUAUCCUACUGUCAGAUUGCACAUACCUACAGCAGUAGUGGCAGACGUCGCUAUUUAUGCCACAGAAAUAUAUCAAAGAGAAUCGUCUGGAACAGUGCAAAGACUUCUCUUCAGUAAGUUUGAUGCUGCAGAACUAGUUUCUUUGUUCAUGCCCGGGACACUUGUUGAUGCCUUCUUCUCCUUAGAUCCGUAUGACUAUCAGCAGAAUGCAGGGAUUAAAUUAGUUGCCAAAAAAUUGAUCAUUCAUUGCAAAUAGAAGGAAGUUAAGAUAUAAGUAUAGGUUAGUUAUUACAUUUACAUGCGAAGGUUGAUAGAUUAAAUAUUGGUUAUGCUGUAAAGUUGGUUCCAUUUCAUGUUUGUAGUUCAAGUAAUGUUCACACCUUUAAAUUUUCUAGUUA